GUUUUGUUAUUCAUUAAACAAACAAACCAGCACUUGAAUAUUGAAUCACACGAAUACGUGUAUUGCUUUCAGUGCGUUACACCGACAUCAACCCGUUUCAAUGAACCCUUGAUCUGGACGAACCGACUGAAGUAACACGUAGAGGGAAGCUGAGCAUUUAAACGAGCACGCAGCAGAUAACAAUACCCACUGCCACGGAAUCGCCAUUAAAGCAUCAAACCCGCGUACGAAACUCGUUUCCCGCUCUCGAUGAAAGAACGAAAGCAACGCGCACUCUAGCAGCUCGUCAACAAACUGCAAAAUAAAACAAAAAUCGUGGUAAAAAAAAAGUAGCGAGCGCUCGCGGGUCACGUGACUCCAGCACUAGGCCUGCUGUCUGUUGUCAGUGGACGGAGAGAGAGGAAGCAACAUGGCGGCUACGAGCGACCCAAAGCGGGGCGCCGGGCGUACGUUUUGAGCUUUCCGACGUUAACCGAGACCGGGGCUCCGCGGGACUGGUGCAUCAACGCCUCCACGAGAUCGACUUAACGGUGGUGCCCGAAAUCCCGGGUUUUAUGCGCGUAGGGAGCGCGCAAAACGCGAAACUGAAGAGAAUAGAUUUUUAUCCAUAAUGAGGGGGAGACGAGGCAGGCCGCCCAAAACCCCGCUGAUGCAGGAGCCCUCAUCGGGGCCGGUGCGCGGUCUGAGACCCCGUCGGAGUUUAAAGCCGAAGCAUAGAGGGACCUCGGAUGAGGAUUUUGUCAGCCCCAAACGAGGAACCCAUCAUCAUUCGUCGCGAGGCCGGAGGAAAGCGCGAUCCGCGGGUUCGAGGGGCAGGGGUAGAGGCAGAGGAUCGGGCAGAGGCAGGGGACGGCGGAUCGCCUCCAGCGGGGUGGUUUACGACGACCACGAAAGCGACGAAGACGACGAGGAUGCGGUCAGUUUGAGGUCCGAGGAGGACGACUUCGUCGAGGAGCGUCUGUCGGAGGAUGAAGAAGAAGACGAGGAGGAGGCGGCCAUCAACGACGAGUCGGACUACCUGGAGGAGCUGGGGGAAGAGGAUGAAGAUGAUGCGAGUUACUGCACGGAGAGCAGCCACGGCAGCGCCGCGGGUCGGAGAAGGCCAAGACCAAGACGGCCACCGUCUCCAAUUCUGGAACAGAAGGAGAUCCCGUUUUUGGAGUUGCCCAGUUCCUCCGAGGAUCUUCUCAUUCCCAACGAGCAGCUUCUCAACGCCUCUGCUAUUUAUGAGGUCCUGCGCAGUUUUAGCACCGUCUUGCGCCUCUCUCCGUUCCGGUUUGAGGACUUCUGUGCCGCUCUGGUAGCUCAAGAGCAGUGCACGUUAAUGGCAGAGACGCAUAUCUCUCUGCUGAAAGCUAUCUUACGAGAAGAGGACACUUCCAACACCACCUUCGGACCCGCAGACCUUAAGGACAGCGUCAACUCCACGCUCUACUUCAUAGACGGCAUGACCUGGCCAGAGGUAGUGCGCGCCUACUGCGAGAGUGACCCGGAGUAUCACCACGUCCUACCGGACCUGGAGGGUGAAGACUACCCGUUCAGUCCUCUGGAGAGUAAAGUCAAGGUCUUGCAGUUCCUAGUCGACCAAUUCCUCACCACCAACCUCGCCCGCGAGGAGCUGAUGUCCGAGGGGGUCAUUCAGUACGACGACCAUUGUAGGGUGUGCCACAGACUGGGCGAUUUGCUGUGCUGCGAGACCUGCUCGGCUGUGUAUCACCUGGAGUGUGUGAAGCCACCUCUGGAGGAGGUGCCCGAGGACGAGUGGCAGUGUGAGAUCUGCGUGGCACACAAAGUGCCGGGCGCCACAGAUUGUUUGACGGAGUUUCAAAAGAGCCGUCCGUACAUCCGACAGGAGCCAAUUGGUUAUGACCGGCGUCAGAGGAAAUACUGGUUUCUUAACCGGAGGAUUGUUGUAGAGGAGGACGGUGACGAUGAAAAUAAGAAGACGUGGUACUACAGCACUAAAGUCCAGCUGGGCGAGUUGUUGGAGCUUCUGGAUAAGGAGUACUGGGAGAAUGAUCUCUGCUCUGUUCUGGAGGAGAUGAGAGAGGAGAUUCAUUCUCACAUGGACAUUACGGAGGAGCUCACCAACAAGGCUCGUGGGAAUAGCAGGGCGUACCUCACUAUUGCCAAUGAUGUGAUUCUGGACCGUCUGAAGACCAAGCAGGACGCGGAGCUUGAGGAGGUGAAACGACGGGUGGCUGAGGAGGCUCAGAAGGCCAGACAGGAAGCAGAAUCGGGCUCUGGUGAACCAGGAGGGAUUGACACUAUGAUUCCUCCCAACGGAUCAUGUUCAAAACAAGAAUCUAGUGAUGGAAACUCAACGAAUGAGCAGACGUCUGCAAACGCUACAGCCGGUCAGGCUGAUGAAGAGGUUCAAACGGGUGCUUCUGAGACAGUCGCAACAUCUAAAACCGACUCCCAGAAUCCCACAGGGAAUGUCGGGAGUUUGUCUUCCACUGGGGAGGAGAAGAGGGAAGGAGCGGAUGGGGUGAAAGAGUUGGCAGGUAAAAGCUCAGAGUCUGAUGGGCAUGGUGAAGGGUCUUCUGGAUUGAUGGCUGAACCUCCUGCCACAGCAGACGACAACAGCUGCAGCAGUCAUUUCUCCAUCUCUGAAUGCCUGCGAGAUCCGGAAGAACCCGACCUGGCGGACCGGUCUUCGCAGUCUUCUUUAAACAGCCAUGAAGACGCAGGUGAUAAUAAAGCUAAUGGAGAUGGUGUAAAGACGGGAGCCUCACGCAUGGUUACGCGACUCCGCAACCCUGAUAGCAAGCUAAGCCAACGCAGGGUCAUGCAGGAUAAAGACAGCAGUUCUCAGGAUGGAAGCAAAGCACUUAAAGAGUCUUCGCCGCUGUCCUUCGGCAUGAUUAAGAGAGAUUCAUCGAAGCAGGGUGUAAGCUGCAGCUUUUUCAAACUGGGCAACGAGGGAAAAUUCCGCGUCUACCACAACCAGUACAGCACUAACACGCUUGCGCUGAACAAACACCAGCACCGCGAGGACCACGACAAACGUAGACAUCUCUCCCACAAGUUCUGCAUGACCCCUGCUGGUGAAUUCAAGUGGAAUGGAUCGCUCUACGGCUCAAAGGCGCUGAUCGUGUCCACACUGAGGUUGACCAUCAUCCAGCUCGAGAACAACGUCCCUGCGCCAUUUCUGCAUCCAAACUGGGCCUCACACAGGUCAAACUGGAUAAAAGCUGUUCAGAUGUGCAGCAAGGCGAGAGAGUUUGCUUUAGCGUUGGCCAUUCUUGAAUGUGCAAUCAAACCCGUGGUCAUGCUCCCGAUGUGGAAGGAUUCUCUGGGUCACACGAGGCUUCAUCGUAUGACCUCUGUGGAGCGGGAAGAGAAGGAGAAGGUGAAAAAGAGAGAGAAAAAACUGGAGGAUGAAGAGACCAUGCAGCAGGCCACGUGGGUGAAGUACACGUUUCCCAUCAAACACCAGGUGUGGAAGCAGAAGGGUGAAGAGUACAGGGUGACCGGGUAUGGUGGCUGGAGCUGGGUGAGUAAAACGCACGUCCACCGUUUCCUCCCGAAGCUUCCUGGAAACACCAACGUCAACUACCGUAAAGCCCUCGAGGCAGCUAAAAAGGGAACAGACAAUCAGGCUGCUCUCUCAAAAACACCAAAAACUUCAGCUAAAACGGAUGGAAAUUCGUCUCAAAGUGAGGCUGAAAAGGCCAGUGUCCAAAAUGCAUCUCUGGAUUCUUCAGAAGCACAAUCGUCUGUGGAGAAAGAUGAUGUGUUAAAGGAUGAAGAAGUGAGCGAAAAAGUUGAAAGUAAGGAGAAUGAAAACGUUGUGGAAAAGGAGAAUGUAAAUGAAGAAGAAAAAAAGAAUGAAGAAGUGGAAGAGAAUCAUGAUGAGAAAAAUGGAUCUGUAGAAAAAAUGGACACUAGUGCUCCAGACUCUGCUGAAAAUGAUGAUAAAGCUGAUGUUACAAAUACUUCAAAUGACUCGCUUGUCAAAGUAGAGUCUUUCGAAGGCGAAGUAACAAAGGAUCGCGCUCCAAGUGAUCCCAAGAAAUCCUUCUGGUAUGAUGUUGUCAAUGUCAGCGAGGGUUUCCUGCAACGAACGGCAUACAAAAAGAAAGUCAAUGCCUCAAAACUUGAUGGCCUUUUGGAGAGGCGCGUCAAACAGUUCACCUUGGAGGAGAAGCAGAGGUUAGAGAAACUCAAGAAGACAGCUGUUUCUAAACCUUCUUCAGAAACCAAGGAGUCAACAUUGGCUGCUGAAGAACAAAAGGUAAAGAUUGAAGAAAGCAUCCCUGAAACUCCAAAAACCAGCAGGACAGAUGGGGUGGCAGGCCUAACUAUACAGGAAAAAGAUCAUGUGGUCAAAAAGCUUUAUUUUAACCAGGAGGAAGAACAGUCAGGAACAAACGCUUUGGGACAGAAUAAUAACCUGGAUGUCAGGUUAAGUGACUCUGGUGUAACUAAAGAACAUCAGAAAUCGCCAGAACUAGAACCCAAAAUGGUCAGUCGAGUAGCAAUGUCUGAGCUCAAUGGAAAUUCACAAAGUCUUGAUACGAGUCUCAACUUAAAUGCUAAACCAGAUAAAACUGUUUUAGAAGGUGUGUGUCCUGCACCGGAAGAGACUGGCACUAUCAUUGAAAACAAUGAGAAUAACCUAAGCUUAAAAAAGACAAUUCCCCUACAAGUCAAUGGCAAAGAUGGCCUUGUAGACUCGCAAUGCGAGAAUUUGACUGAAAACGUUAACGCCAAGGAGCUAACCAGUUGCCUUGGCGAGGAAAUCAAAGCAAUAUCACCAAAGGAAUCGGUGAAGUCGCUAACAAAUGGUGACGCCACUCAAGAGUGUCUUAAAGAAUGGACGAACAGCUCAAAUCCUCAGGUGAAAUCUGACGGAGAGAAAGGGGUUUCUAACUCUGACCCUGACUAUCUACCACCUCAGAAAAUGUUGAAGUUGGAAAACACCAGCCAGGGAACUGUAGACACUUCUGUUAGCUCCAUUGUACCUGAACCUUCUUCAGUAGCUUCAGAACCAAACUCAAGACCCGAGGUGCCUAGUUGUAACUCAAAGAUAGAGCCCAUGCAAGUUGACGAAGUUAAACCUCUCGUUUCUUCCCCCGUCCAGUCGGCAGAAGAAUCCAGUUUAAGCAGCGACAUCACUGAAAACAGCAACAGCGUUGGGGAGAUAACAAAAGUCGUUACUCAAGUCACCACGACUACAACCACAGUGUCUACAGAGUCCUGCAAGGUGUUGACCUCGAGUGCCAGCCUCGCUUCCAAUAAUAGGUUAUCUGUGUCAACGGAUUGUAAGACGGAGUCUAGUAGCACCGUCUCAACGCUCUCCUCUCAAACCACAAUGACCGUCACCAAGGUUACAAACUCAUCCCAGGGAGCCCUGGUAACAAAAGAGUGCAAGACCGUCGUCACAGAAACUCGAACAGGUCCUUGCGGGUCCACUGUGACCUCUAUGACUGUGAGUCACGAAUAUUCCACCAGGGACAGAGUACAACUGUUAAAGUUCUCCCGCACCAAGAAAGCACGGUCCGGGACGGCCCUGCCCUCGUACCGCAAGUUUGUGACCAAGAGCAGCAAGAAGAGCAUCUUCGUGCUUCCGAACGACGAGCUGAAGAAACUCGCGAGGCGCGGUGGCAUUCGUGAAGUUCCCAUUUUUAACUACAAUGCCAAGCCGGCUUUAGACAUCUGGCCCUAUCCAUCUCCACGUCCAACGUUUGGGAUCACAUGGAGAUAUCGACUCCAGACUGUAAGGUCUUUGGCUGGAGUAAGCCUGACGCUACGACUGCUCUGGGCCUGCCUCAGAUGGGAUGAUAUGGGCGUGAAGCCCUCGCCCGCCGUAGGGACAACACGGACAGAAACAUCUGACACCGAUAUCACCACCACUGAGAUCAUCAAGCGGCGAGAUGUUGGGCCUUACGGAAUCCGUUCAGAGUAUUGCAUCAGGAAGAUUAUCUGUCCCCUUGGAGUGCCUGAUACUCCAAAAGAAACUCCGACACCACAAAGGAAAGGUCUACGUUCCAGUGCUCUAAGACCAAAAAAGCCAGAACCGGCUAAGCAGACGGGACCUGUUGUUAUCGAAACCUGGGUGGCUGAAGAAGAUCUAGAACUUUGGGAGAUAAGAGCCUUUACAGAAAGGGUUGAGAGGGAAAAGACCCAAGCGUCUGACCCGACUAAGGUUAGUGUGCAGAAGAAAGCAGAAGAGAUCAAGGCCCAAUUGGAAGCUCAGCUUAAGCAGCAGAGAUUGGCAGCCCAGCAGAAACGGUUGGAGCAGCAGAAACCUGGUGGCACCAGCAACACAACCACCUUAACCAGCACAACUAAUACACCUGGAUCCACUCCUCAGAAGGUGGUGGCGGGGGCCGUUGGCGGUCAGGUAACGCCAGUGCCAAAAGUGGUAAUGGCCACCAAGCUGGGCUCUCCGGUGACAUUCCAGCAAAACAAGAACUUCCAGCAGUCUUUCGCUUCCUGGGUCAAGCAGGGACAGCAAGGCAAUGCAGUCUCCACCAGUUCGGUUGUGACCGUAGCGGCGAGUAGCGCCACCACGUCCGGGCAAACGUUCCACAUCACGGCUGCUGCGGGGUCCAUGGGCGGCAGCGUCAUCGCGGCUAAACUGCCUGUUCCAGCCAACAGCAAGAUAGUGACUGUGAACGUGCCAACCACGCAAGGAGGUUUGGUGCAGGUACAACAGAAGGUGGUGGGCAUCAUUCCAGCCAGCACGGCGGGCAGUGCUCAAUCCUUCCCUUCAUUCCAGCCUCGUACUACCACCAUUAACAUCAGGCCCAACACGACCACAACAACGCAGCAGGUCAUAACAACUGGGACGCCUAUCAGACCGGGAAUGACAGUGACUCGUUCUCCCCUGCAACAGACCACCACUCUUGGAAAGACCAUCAUUCGCACACCGCUGAUGGUUCAACAAGGUCAGGUGCAACAGACAGUGCAGACGGGUACAGGGAGUCCGGCAAUAGGCACUCCUCCCCGCCUCUCUACACCAAACCAAACGCAGACCCCACAAACACCCUCUGCACCCCGGCCACAGCAGGGUCAGGUGAAACUCACCCUGGCUCAGCUCACGCAGCUCACCCAAGGGGCUCAGCACGGUGGGAGCCAAGGGUUGACCGUUGUGAUUCAAGGACAAGGUCAAACCACAGGUCAGCUGCAGGUCAUCCCACAGGGCGUGACGGUCAUCCCGGGUCCAGGUCAACAGCUCAUGCAGGCGGCCAUGCCCAAUGGCCAAGUCCAGCGUUUCUUAUUCACACCCAUGGCUCCUGUAGCGACGUCUGCACCCGCCACACCCUGUACGACAACCUCAACGAUCACCCCGUCUCCGGUAGCCCCCGCCACCCCUGCAGCACCCACGCUACCAGGUGAGACUUGUUGUGCAUUUUUAUUUGUCAGUUUCAGUAUACCGUUGAAAUGUAUUGAUUGUAUUACGUUUCUCCGUUUAGCAGUUCAGCCUGCUCCACAGCCCCCACCUCCAACCUCACUUCCCAUCAUGCCAUCACAAAUAGCCCCCACCGCCCUUACCACCGCCGUUCCCCAACCGAUCUCCUCUCUGCAGCCCCGCCCUCCCGCACAGCUCCGCCCUCCCGCACAGCUCCGCCCUCAACCACAAGCCCCACCCCAACUCGCAGCACCAGCCCCCGCACCCUUGCCUGCCAUGCAGAUGCCGCAGGUGACGGUCGCCACCCCUCUGUCGCAGGUCGCCACCCUUCCCGUAGCUCAAGUGACUCAGACCACAGUAACCAAAGUCCAACCCCAGAUCCAGCUCCCCCCGCAGCUCCUCAGCGUCCCCGGGCUUCAGCAGCAGGUCAUCUCUCAUAUCCAGAGUCAGGUAGCGGCCCAGAUUCAGGCUCAGGUCCAGCAGGUCGGGACCGUGGCUGGAAUCCCCCAGCAGAUCAAACUGCAGCUGCCUAUUCAGAUCCAGCAGCAGGGCGGAGGCCAGGUCCAGACGCACCAGAUCCAGAACCUGGUGACGAUCCAGACGACCAGCGUUCAGGAACAGCUCCAGCGCAUCCAGCAGCUCUGCGAGAAACAGCAGCAGCAGAAGAAGAAACAGCAGGAGGCCAAGCGGGAGCACUGCCAGCAGAACUCGAGUCAGAGUGACCUGCUGCAGAAACAGGUGGCUCAAAAGCAGAAUGUAGCCAUUGAGCAGCUGAAACAGAAGAAAACUAUGACUCCUGCUGAAAGAGAGGAAAACCAGAGAAUGAUCGUUUGUAACCAGGUGAUGAAGUUCAUCCUGGAUAAAAUCGACAAGGACGAGAGGCAGGCGGCCAAAAAGAGGAAACGUGAGGAGUCGGUGGAGCAGAAGCGCACCAAGCAGAACGCCAGCAAGCUUUCAGCUCUGCUCUUCAAACACAAGGAGCAGCUGAAGGCCGACAUCCUGAAGAAGAGAGCUCUGUUAGAUAAAGAACUCCAGCUGCAGGUGCAGGAGGAGUUGAGGAGAGAUCUCAUCAAACUGAGGAGGGAGAAGGAGAAAGCUCAGGCCGUGGCCGCACAAGCAGCUGCAGCCGCCGCCCACACGCACGCCGGCCUCUCUACGUACACGCCGACUGUCACCUCCCCCUCAUCCGCACACAAACGCAAGCGGGACGAGGAGAGGGAUGCGGCGUCCAAGUCCAAACGGAAGAAAAUGAUCUCCACUACCUCAAAGGAUAGCAAGAGGGACAUCAAGUUAUACUGCGUCUGCAAAACACCCUACGAUGAAUCCAAAUUCUACAUCGGUUGUGACCUCUGCUCUAACUGGUACCAUGGGGAGUGUGUGGGAAUCACAGAGAAAGAAGCCAAGAAGAUGGAUGACUACAUCUGCGCAGAAUGUAAACGUGCACAGGAGGGCAGCACGGAAGAGCUCUACUGCAUCUGCAGAACUCCAUACGACGAGUCACAGUUCUACAUUGGUUGCGAUCGCUGUCAGAACUGGUACCAUGGUCGCUGCGUGGGCAUCCUGCAGAGCGAAGCUACACACAUCGACGAGUACGUGUGCCCGCAGUGCCAGUCUACAGAGGACGCCAUGACAGUACUGACGCCGCUCACAGAUAAAGACUACGAGGGUUUGAAGCGAAUCCUGCGUUCCUUACAGGCCCAUAAAAUGGCAUGGCCAUUCCUGGAACCAGUAGAUCCCAAUGACGCGCCGGAUUAUUAUGGGAUCAUCAAGGAACCAAUGGACCUGUCGACGAUGGAGGACAGGAUACAGAAGCGUUUUUACAGCAAGCUCACGGAGUUCGUAGCGGACAUGACCAAAAUCUUCGACAACUGCCGCUACUACAAUCCCAGCGACUCGCCCUUUUACCAGUGUGCCGAGUUUCUGGAGUCCUUCUUUGUACAGAAACUAAAAGCUUUUAAAGCAAGCAGGUCUCAUAACAACAAACUUCAGUCAUCAGCCUCAUAGAAUACAGCCACAUGCUGUACUAAUAAACUUUGAACAUUAAAUUCAAGACGGAACUCUGUCCCAGUCAGUCAGCCAGCCAGCGUCUGCACAUAGUUACAGCAUUUCAUGGAAUAAUGGACAGAAACAGCUGUGGUUUGGAUCAAGAAUGGACAGUUUACAUUUUUGACUGUUUAUUGGGUCUUGACUGGGAUGUCCUUCAUUAUUUUCUUUUUGGAAUAAUUGUUUUCAAAAAUGUUUUUGUGAGUUUUUAAACCCUCCCAAAUCAUGUUCACUUUAUCCAGGACGACAGGAGUUGGGGUGCACACGUUGAUUUUCUUGGUAAUUUGAUUCGGCACUUCUGAAGGGGAAUGUGGGCACAAUCUGCAAAUUGGUUUUUAAGAAAUAAUACCUAAAAUGAGAAAUGUUGCUUUAAGAUGGCACUAAGGACUGAUGAAAAUGGUCAGAAGGUAUCCUGUUUGUAUAACUUUUCUUUUGUAUUACAACUGAAGAACUAUUGAUGUAUAUGAAACAAAUAAAUGGAGGGGACAGGAUUCUCUCCUCUACAUUAAGAUGUCUCUCUUCAUUUGAAAGCUAAAACCUUUAACGUAGAACCCUGAUUAGGGUGUUUAGCAUUUACCUGAUACACAUUUGUACGAUAAAGCCUUACAGAUUGGAUUACUUUUUAAAAUGAUGUACUUAUGGAUAUAGAUUAUGAAAAUUAUUAACAUUUUGUCUGGCUAAUUUUGUUAAAAAUCACACAGUAAAACAAAAAUAUGUUUAUAGUUAUGAUUGUACCAAUACGUCGCUAUAAACUAUAGGCUACGAUCAUUUUCUCUGUGAGGUAAACUUUGUGUUAUAUUUUGAAGUGCACUUUUUCAGUCUUGGACUUGGUACAGAAUUUGUAUGGCAAUAACCAUGUUUUGUUCAAAUCUAAUGAGUUUUCUCAUAGAAUUCCAAUACUUGGACACAGUCUGUAUGUGAUCUAGUUCUCAGAUUUGUUUGUACACCUUGGACUGUUUGUUUUAUGCCUACCAAACCAGCACCUAAAAUCUUAUCUUCAAAUCUUGAUUUUUUAAUGUUCAAGUAGUUGGGGCUUCUGAGAUUAUUGAAUUAAAUUCUUCUUGAACAACUGCAGAAGUUGUGUCUUACCAUUAAGCUGUGUGUGACUCCAACUUUCAAACAAAACACUUUCCACUAUCUAUAUGAGACAUUUUGGGUGUGUUAAUCUUUUUUUUUGCAUAGCAUAAUAGAGCCAUAAAUUAUGAACACUUUCGAGUCAGUUUCAACUUAUUAAAAGUUUUAAAUAAGUAUUAAAACGUUUGUUUUAUACAUUGGAGAUAAGAUUGGUCUGCCUGGCUGUUAAUAAUAUUUUUUUAUAUGAACUAGAUAUAUGUUUACAUGUGUUGUAAGAUUCGACUUCCGUCCUUGAGCACGUUUUACAGCAUGCACUUUAAAAUCCCAAAGCCACGUUUCGCCCCCACUGCAUACCAAUUUGUGACAUCCACAUUCCUUUCUAACAAAUAAGUUCAAGAAUACGGUUUAGAUUUGCAUUAA